AUGACGCCGGGGCUUGGCACUAGGGUUGCUCCCCGCAGGCCUGGGACUCUCUACUCCUGCUACUGGCCCGAUCCAGUCGAUCGCAGCAACCAAAACAAUGCAGCCUUGGGCACAGCCUCCCAGUUAAUUAACCCUCUCCCCAACCUGACAAUUUCACCUCCAACGCGCCAGUCCAGGAAGCCAUCGUCUCAUGGCAGCCGUCCGAUCGGGGGCAUGGACAGUAGCGACGACGGGUUCUCUGACGACGGUUUCGAUUCUCUCCCCGCAGGCGAGCUUCUGGAGCUCGAGCAGGGUGCCUGGCAGGCCACCCAGGCACCACGAAGUCAGCUCGCUGAUGUCGUUCCCCGGAGGAAUGUGAGUGCGUUCAAUGGAGCGUCGCUCUUGAAACCCGUGCCUCUGCGGCGCCAAGCGUCCAGUCUCUACGAAAACACCGACCUUGGAGACUGGGACGCCGAGAUCUUGGAAGACAACAACGACAACAACAACCAACAUGUCGAGAAUUUGACAGGUUUUGGUUCGAGUGAUGCACAGUCUGGAAACUAUCAAGCUAUAGCUAUAGCUACAGCCAAUGCACAGCAGUUUGCUCGGCCUACCCAAAGAUCAAAUAUAGUCGUGGAGGAGCAGGUAUUAAGAACCAGGAUCGAAGAGAUUUCACGCAACCAUGAGUCGACCAUGCAAGAGAUUGCUUCCGCCAAGGACGAUGCAACCAAAAAAUCGGGCGAAGUCGCCAUUCUAAGGGCGAAACUUGCCAACCAAGAACGAGAAUACGAGCGAACAAUUUCUAGUCUGAGAGCCCAGCUAGCUGAACAGACUGCCAAAAACCAAGGAGCGCAGCAAGCUGCGACUGACGACAGGCAAAGACUCCAGACAGAAAAUCUGUUCCUGCGAGAUGAGCUACGGGGAGAAGCGUUACGGGUGAAUAAUUUGCGAGUCAGAAAACAAGCCGAAGAGAAAAAUGCACCUUCGACGCCUCGGAAGCAGCGGACACUGCCCUAUCGAGAUGGGUUCGACGACGAUGAAAUCGGGAUGGCAUCCCCUACUAAAUCAUCUGGCGGCCGAUCGAAAAGAGGAACGCCGUCUGCACAAGGGAAGCGGAAAAGGAAGGCCAGCGAUGCCCCGGUGCCAAUGCCUUCCCUUCAGCUGAGUCCGGCGAACAACAUGCCCGUUGAAGCUGGCAGCCCGCCUUUGAACGAUGAAACCACCAACAAGAAGACCGAUGUGCUAGAGAGAGACGACAAUUCCAGCAUGCGCUACAUGUCGCGGAUCCUCAAUCACAAAACACCUCCGAAUACAGAACCUGAUUUUGAAGUGAUGGCCCGCAUAACGUUUCCCUCCGAUCCUACAAAAAAGAUAUCUUCUGUCGUGCUAGAGAAAAUGCGUGCAACAUCAGCCAACUACGCCGUGAACUACGCAAUUUGCCUGGUUGAUUUGUGGAAACGUGCCUUGACGGAAAAGUUUUAUGAGCCAGUGCCACUAUUCAUGGCUUCUAUUGAAUUUAUACUAUUACUAGACUUGUAUACGAUUGGUCCGAAGCUUGCCGGCCAUCUAACUCUUGCCAUUCAAAACUCGGUCUUGGUCAACGCUGUUCCUCGGUUUGAACAUUCACCGGUCUCGUCCAAAACAAAAGGCGAAAGCCGAAGAACUCCACGCAAGUUGCUGGAGGAAAAAGUCGACUCUACCAAGGCUUUGGAGAUACUGUAUCUCUUGGCACUGGCAUGCCAACAGGAUGACGAAUCGUACGAGGCGCUCUGGGGGAACGUACAUUUCGACAUAUUGUUGAUGUCCUUGAAUGCGCACCAACCGUUACAGGAUAUCAUUCUCAUUCUAAGGAUAUUAUCGACCAGUCUUCGCCCAGGCGCGUUCGGGACUAUCCAGCCCUCGGAGGCAGAGCAGAGGCAGGUUGAGCAGCACUUUAUCGAACGCGCAACGAGCUUGCUCACGGAGCGUGUUAAUCCGGAUGAAGGCGCCGAAGAGUACCUUCCUUCGCAAAUUUGCCAGAUGCAUAUGGAGAUUUUAUCAUUCCUGGAGAUGUUGACAUUCUACAACUCGGAUAUUGAAAAAGGUCCCAGCCAGAAUGUGAUCCUCUCUCACGAGCUGGUUCUUCCGCGGCUUUUCCGCAGAAUGUACGAAGAUAUGGACUGUUUGUACACUCUCCGACCAGAACAUAAUCUGCGAACAGCGCUCGUCAACCGAGAAAUGCAUCUGAUAUACGAACUUAUUCGAAAGGGAGGUGGCCAGGAUCUCACGCGGGGAUUAUCGCGACUGAGCGGCGCGAGACAAAAGCAUCGGCUUGUUUUGUCGCGACUAGCUUUUAGCGAAGGGCAAUUCUUGGAGUCUGGCAUAUCAGAGGAAACCAUGGAGAUGGCGCGUCAGUUGCUGGAGGAAGAAGACAUGAGUCCCGAGGAAGCGGAGGCCCUUUUCGAAGCUUUUCCGAACCAGUCGGCUUUUUUGAGUGGCAGGGAAGCUUCGCAGAUUAGUUAA